CGUCAACUCACUUGCGGGCAGCCUUAGUACAACGGGUAGAGAGGUGUUCGAGUACGCCCACGUAAUUGUAGUCCUUAAUUCUGAGCGUUCGACCUCAAACCCGUGCCGGCGCACCGUUCGCAGCAGACAAAGGCUGUGGCUGCCUUCGUUGGCCGACCCAGUCUUCCCAACCCCUUGUAAUCGCUCUCCACCACCACCAUGAGGGAUCCGGUAGAUUCCUCGAAAGAGCUCGUCCGGCUGGUGGUGCGCAUGUUCUACGAGACCGAGCACAUGGUAGUCAUCGACGCGCUCUGCUACCACGGCGCGUUGACCAUCCAGGAUUUUGUCCAGAUCCUCGACGCAGGCAAGAACUCAAAGGCUGUAGGGAAGAUUGUUGGAAGGCUCAAGGAGGCAGGCCUGUGCAUGGUUUACAACCAGCAGAUAAAACGUGAGGGCGCGACCAAGCAGACCAGCAAAGAAUACUACUACAUCGACUGGCGUCACGCUAUUGACUCCUGUAAAUACAAGAUCCACAAGAUCCACGAACGUGUGAAUAAAGACGCGAAGCCCACGACCGAGAAGGCUGAGUUCAAAUGCCCCCGGUGCAGAUCUGAAUUCACUAUGAUGGACGUAAUCGACAGGCCUGAUCCCGAGGGGAGGGCAAGCGGCUUUUUAUGCGCGAGAUGCAACUACCCGCUCGAUGAGAUAGACGAGGGCGGUCAAGCCGACGACGCAAACGACGAUACACCAGCCAAAUUCAACAAAAUGUUCCACCCACUAAUCACACUCAUGGGCGAGAUUGAUCAGCUUCAGAUUCCCGCAGUAGAAGGGAAGGAUGCCGUCAACGAGCUUAUAGAGCUUCCGCGCGACAAGACCAUCGACCCGGGUACCAAGCACGAAGUCAUCGAGGAUGUGGUUUCGAGGCCCACAGCCGUCAAGGGAAUGGUCACCGGGCCAGAGAAGAUCAGUAUUCAAAUUGGAUCCAGCGCCGAAGUCAACGAGAAGCAACGCGCUGCAGACAAAGCCCGUCAGGAGAAGAUCGCCAUGCAGAACCAGCUCCCGUCAUGGCAUACAAAAUCCACUGUCGUCAAGGAGGCCAACGGAGGGAGUGCCGCGGCCAUCAAACAGGAGAGCAACGGUACAGAUUCGCCAACCGUCAAAACAGAGCCCGGCGAUGCAAAGCCCGCGACCCAGGACCUGGACGGUAUCUUCGCGCAGAUCGAAGCCGAGCGCCGCAAGAAAGAGAUGGAGGAGGAAGAAGACGAGGAAGACGAUGACGACGACGAAUUUGAGGAUGUGGCCGUCGGGAUGCCCAGUGCCCUCCCAGAUGCUAAACGCGUGAAGCUCGAGCUACCCAUUAUUUCUACGCCAUCCGCGGCUGCGACGCCCUCUGCGGCUGUGACUCCGGCUGUGUCUACGGGAGAUGGAGGGGACGAGAGCGAAGAGGACGAGUUUGAGGACGUCAAUUGAUUUCUUUUGCAUAGCGCUGGCGUUGGGAUAGAAAAGGCGUUUUAUACCUGGCGCUUCACGCAUACUGGGUAAGGUUUUAACUGGAAAAAAUUACACGCGCAGCAGUGAGAGGGAACUCAAUGGUACCGUUGGUACAUGGCAUGAAGCGGUAUAUAUGCUUCGAUUAAAACAUGAAAUAGGGAUAAUCUGUGGUAGAUCGCUUGACGUAGACUAUUUGUAAACUAGACUUGGAUUUUUCUUCGUAUCAGUUAUGUUCUCGAAAUAAACACAAUAAGCGGA